CCAAUGUUAACAGUAUCAUACAUGUAUGACCACUCUUAUAGCUAUUCGUAAUAAUGUAUGGAUCAAAGUUCUGUUUUCGUUUUAAAUGAGAAGAGUAUAUAAUGUACUCGCAUGGAAAUUCCAUGUUACUUGGUAUCAAUUCCGAUGUAAGAUGCCAACGCAUCUGAAAUGUAUGGGAAAUGACCGAAGAUGUUAAAGUUGACAAACAUCACUCAUCACGUCCACCUCCUAUUGCACUUGGAAUCAACGUAGAAAAGCCAAAAUUUCCCCAGUAUGCUGUCUAUUCUAAACGUCUUGAAUCUUUCGAAGCUUGGCCAGAAUACAUCCCAGUUGACAAGAUUGACCUCGUUGAUGCAGGUCUCGUAUAUACAGGUGUCGGUGAUAGCGUGAGAUGUUAUUUCUGUGGAGGUGGGUUAAGAAAUUGGGAACGUGGAGAUGUUCCUAUGGAGGAACAUGCCAAAUGGUACCCAAAAUGUCCACACAUUCUACUGGUCAAAGGACAAACUUACAUAGAAAAACUUAGCCGAGGCGAAAAACCGGAAGUAGAUGGGAAUACUAGCAGUGGGCACAAUGACUCGUCUACAGCUACAGAUAUUAUAAACAGUGUCGCAGCUCAAAGUUGUAUACAGAUGGGCUACAAAGACAACAUGGUUCAAAAAGCUAUCGACAUUUACAAUAAAAAAUAUGGAAAUAACGACUUCAAAGGCAAAGAUUUAUGUGAAAUACUUUUCGAAUUAGAAGAAAACCCAGACCCUUCAUUUACUCAAACUGGUACAGAAGAUAACAACCAAAGUGCACAGGUGGAUAGUGUUACAUCAUUCGAAGAUAUAGAACCACUUGAGACACUGCUUGAAGAGAAUCAAAGACUAAAGGAGAACCAGAUGUGUAAAAUAUGUCUUGACAGCAGAGCAGAUGUAAUAUUUCUGCCUUGCGGUCACAUGGUUAGCUGUCCACAAUGUGCUCCUGCUCUAACAAAGUGCCCAGUAUGCAGAAAAACAGUGAAUGGACAUAUUAAAGCUUUCUUUUCCACAACAAAUGUCAACUGAGAAAACAAUUCGCUUUUUCAUAAAAAAAAAAGCACUUAUAAAUAUACUUUUUUGUAACAAAGUAUACUUCUGUACUUUUCAUUUCCCGACAGCAUCUUUUUCUGUAUACACUCAUAUAGACCUGAUUCAUUAAAAUAAAGCUAUAAUUAAAGAUA